UGUCUUCAUUCAUUUUGUGAGUGAAGAAUUUAAGCAAUAGAGGGCAGCUACACCAUUUAUAAAUCUGGUCCAGACUCAGCCGGGAAUCACCUGUGCUGUGCACAGAACUCUUAUUUCUCAUAGCUGCUUUUGUCAAUUCAUCACUGAAAAGGAAGAGUUUUUCAGCACUCAUCUGCAUUGUUUUAGUUCCUACAUGGGCAACUGACUGGUAGGAUUUGUUAAGGCUUGCCUUAGAAAAAAUAAGGUAUAGAUGUUCAUAUUCUAUAUUUAGCACAUACACCGUGUUUGAUUGCAGUGUAAUAUACUGUAACUGUCAAUAGCCACAGACAUAUACGAUGUGGAAAAUUUACCAUGGAAAAAUAGACCAUUGGGAAAAUUCUGCUCCAUUUCGCUGCUCCUACAAGGCUUGGAUUUUGCCAUCUCCUGCUUGCCUGUAAUCAAUAUGACAAACACAGUUUACACAGCAAUUCAAAUGCAGGCCUUUAAAGAUAAAGCAUUCAAAGUCCUGGAUGGAUGAUCUCUAAGCUUUAGUUUUUCACCCUUCGAAAUCUUUAAAAUCUCAAGUUCUUUUUGCCCUAUAUAUAAAAACUGAACUAAAGUCUCACUCGAUCCUGCUGUCCUCUCCUAUCUCCAGAAGCACUUUUUGACUGCCUCAUCAUAACACAUUCUUUCCUCUUCCUUGUUUAAUAAUGUGGCAGUGAAACAGUGACAGAGAUCCAUACUACAGGAAGAGAAGAUGGUCGAUGCAAUGGGAUGAUGGAGUCCAAGAGUUCGGGAGAUGUAACUCUCCUGGAGGCUGCAGCUUAAUUAUUUAACUUAAUCAGAUUUACCUUUUUGGUGGGUGUGCGAGGCGGGGAGGAAAUUAAUUCUUGAAUCUGACAGUCUCGGAGAUCUUUGUGAAAAUGAACACACAGAUAAGCAUAUAGCUAUCUUAAAACCCAGUGAUAUUAUUUGGAAGCAGAGAGUGUAGAGGCAAUCCCAGAAGUAGUUCAAGCUUCUCCAUUCUCUUGGAACUUUGUGUCUUGCAAGAACAUCACCACCAGAGUAUCCAAGUGGUAGGAGGGGCUUGGGGGCUUGGUGGUAGGUGCAACUGAGAGCAGCCUGCUUAGGAGCCCUAAAAUCUAUAGCCAAGCUUAUUCCCCUGUGCUGGAAUUCAUUGGCAGGGAUCUGUCCAUUUGUAUUCUAUGCAGUGCCAUGCUUAAUGAGGGUGCUUUAAGAAUAAUGAUGGAUAAAGCUGACAGAGUGGCAUAUAUGGGGAUAUGAAUUUCAGAAGUUCUUGGAACUAAAGGGCAGUAUAUUGUUGAUGCUGCUGUGACUCCUGAAGCGCCAAGUCUGUUGAUCAUUUGAUGUUCCAGAUUCUUUUAAGCUGAAGAGAGAAAGGUCCCAUCACCGAUUGGAUGGGAGAACUCACAGAGUUUCUCACUGAUGCUAAGAAAAUAAAUGGCAUCCCUGGAAUAGAACCCAAAGUGGGCAUAACUAUUUCCCUGUUUAUUUUUCAUGUGCAAGCACAUGUGUGCACACAUGGACACAUAGUGUUAUCAUGCAUACUUUCCAGGCCCCUGAUCCAGCUGAGGAGCUGGGGUAUUUAUUUAUUUAAAGUUUUUAUAGACCAUUCUAUAGCAUACCACUCUCAGAACAGUUCACAGUCUUCUCUUCCUACUCAUCUGAUCCAUGCAGAUUAGCUGAAGUAGGAAUAUGGCAGGGUGCACCAAGAAAUUUUCCCUGGCAAAGGCAGUUGAUUAGAGCAUCUUGCUGCUGAAACCUUUCCCACUGUACAGCAAGGAAAAGCUCUUAGGUCUGAUCAGCUGAUCUUUACCUGGGGGAUAAGGGAUGGGGUGGGAGAUACAUAGGAAACUGGAAAGUUGGAUGGGAAAUCCCCACUGGCCAUAUCUGGUUUCCCACACCUGUCAGAGGGUUAUCUUUUCUAGAGUGAUGUUGAUGAUUAAAAUCGAUGAUAAACUAAGACCUCUCCCCACAGCAACUGAUAUUAUCCUAUUAGCCUUACAUCUUGAUAAUUACAUCCUCCUAAAGUUGCUUAUGGUAUUUUUUCAUGUGUUGCUAUGGAUCACAAGGUAGCUGUAUUUUCAGAGAAGUUCCAGAAAUCCUUCUGAAAAACCUCCCCACUUUAAACCCUUGCUGUUUUUACCCUUCUUUAAAAAGAUGCUUUAGUCCUGUUCGGGAAGGAGGCAUCCAUGUUCCAUGGAGGCUCAAGGAAUUGUCAAAACUUUCCACAAACGAAAGAAAUUAAAAGAUGCUUCACUGAAGGUGAUGUCUCCGAAGGUAAUGAAAGAAGAAACCAGGAACGAGCAUGCAGGGUGGUUGCAGCCACUGAGAGCCCAUGUUCUGCAAGCAGGAAUCGGUCAGGCCAGAGCUGAGAUCUUCUGCAAGCAGAUAAUCCAAAAUGGCGGAAGUGUCUGCAGUCAGCUGUCCCCAGAUGUGACACAUGUGAUAGUGGAUGAAGGAAUGGACUGUGACCGGGCUUUCCGGCUCCUCAAACUAGCCAAGCUACCUCAGGGAUUGCAACUAGUGAAGGCAUCCUGGCUGAGUUCCUGUAUUGAAGCGCAACAGAUUGUCGACACUGCUGGCUAUAGCCUUUUCAUUCCAGAGAAGUAUGUGAGUGCAGCCAGUCCUUCAAAGAGCCAGUCGCAAUUUCUGGAUGAAAAGAAGAUCCACCCUCAACUGGAGAGGGCAGUCACAGAGCUGAAAGGUGAACCACAGGCAGGGGCCAGCUCUCCCUGCACUGCAACAAACUCCUCAGGACUCCAGGAAAUCAAAGGGAGGAUCUUGGGCGAUGAGGGAAUUGAAGAAGAAGAGCCUGCUGUCACCCUGAGAGAACUGGAAGCCCUCAGGUCAGGCCGGGACCUGAACGCUUUGUCAGAAGAGUCUUCAGCGGUGCUUCCCACUGGCAACUGGGUUUGUGCUCAGUCCUCUGAGAACAAGAGAAAUAAUCUUAAUCAGUGCAUUACAGAGAAGCUGGAGCUACUGGCCAAAGCCUACUCUGUCCAGGGGGACAAGUGGAGAGCUCUGGGUUACUCCAGAGCCAUUAAUGCACUCAAGAGCUACCACAAGCCAGUCACCUCUUAUCAGGAAGCUUGCAAGAUCCCUGGGAUUGGAAGGAAGAUGUCAGAAAAGAUUGUGGAGAUCCUGGAGAGUGGGCACCUUCGAAAGCUUGACCACAUCAGUGAGAGUGUCCCAGUACUGCAGGUGUUUUCCAAUAUCUGGGGAGCAGGAGUAAAGACUGCUCAGAUGUGGUACCAGCAGGGCUUCCGCACUCUGGAUGACAUCAGCACUAAGGCUUCACUUACCAGUCAGCAGGCCGUUGGCUUGAAGCACUACGAGGACUUCUUGGAGCGCAUGCCGCGGGAGGAAGCUGCUGAAAUUGAGCAGGUGAAGCAGAACAAAUGGAACAAGAUGUUGCAUUAUGCAGAAUUUAUGGAAAAGGUCAGAGAAGCAGCACAGUCGAUGAAUCCUGGACUGGUGUGUGUAGCAUGUGGCUCAUUCCGGCGGGGGAAAUCCACCUGUGGAGAUGUAGAUGUGCUAGUGACUCAUCCUGAUGGACAUUCUCACCAAGGAGUAUUCAAGAAGUUGCUUGACAGCCUCUGGAAAAGCGGUUUUCUCACAGAUGACUUGGUGAGUCAGGAAGACAAUGGACGCCAGAAGAAGUACUUGGGGGUCUGCCGUCUUCCAGGUCCAGGCCGGCGCCACCGGCGCCUUGACAUCAUUGUGGUGCCCUAUGAUGAGUUUGCUUGUGCCCUGCUCUACUUCACUGGCUCAGCGCACUUCAACCGUUCCAUGCGAGCUCUGGCCAAGACCAAGGGCAUGAGUCUGUCAGAACAUGCCCUCAGCACUGGUGUGGUGCGCAGGCCUGGGGGCCUCAAAGCAGUGCCUGGUCUUCCUCUGUUAACCCGUACCGAGAAGGACGUGUUUAUGCACCUGGGGCUUCCCUACAGGGAGCCCCAUGAGAGGGACUGGUGAGGAGAGGGACAGGAGCAGCACCCAGAUGCUUCCAAGUGCUGCGCUUGCACGAGAUGCAGAAGAACAUAAGAGGCGCCCUGCUGAAGCAGAGCGAAGGCCAAUUGGUCUGGCAUCUUGUUCAUGCAGUGCCAAGCAGAUGCCUCUGGGAGCGGCAAGGAGGACAUGAGUGCAACAGCGCCCUCUUGGCAUAUGGCCUCCAGUGCUGGAGGAAACGUCACAGCUGGCAUCUAUUGAUAGCCUUAUUCUCCAUGAAUUUGUCUAAUCUCUGUAGGCAAACUUGUCCUUCUUCCCUUGACAAAAACCUGUGGCUUAAGAAGCUGUAGCUUCUGUGAGCAACCAGUCUCUUUCUGCAUUACUGGGCCUUGAGUUUUUUGACUGAGGAAAGCCCAAGGUGCUCAGCAUGCUUUGAUGGAUUGCAGGGACUGGGCUGCGAAGGGCAAACAACCUUCCUCAGUCAGCAAUUAUAAAAAUGAAUGCAAAAAUUAAUGUGAAGCAUCCUGCAUACUGAAAAUAGAAGGGAGAGUGGGAAAUGCAUAGACUUUAAAGAAUGAAUUCAAAAACAUUUGUGCAAUGAAUGGUAUUAUUGUUAUGAUAACUGUGAAAGCUGCUAGAAUCUCCCAGUGGGAGAGGCUGCUUUUGAAGGUUGGUACACCUGAUAUUUUGAGAUUUUUUUGCAAGGACACGAAGCUUUUUCCUGUCAAAGGCUGCAUUUUCUUGGGAAUACCUUGUUGGGGGUUGCAUGCCAACAGUGGGUGGAACUGAAGCCAGUGUUGGGUGAGACCAGAACCAGAAAUGGACAAUGCCACCUUUCCUCCUUUCUGUCACCCCUGUUUCUCCCUCUCUCACACCUUCUCUCUCUUCCUUCUUGCACAGUAGGAUGUUGGGGGAGUCACAGGUUACUUUUGUCAGAAUCUGAAGGAACAGCUACAAAAAAUUCCUUACAGUUUGCAGUAAAAAAUUCCCAGGUGAAGUAAAAACGAUUCUUACACCUUAUUAUAACUAUAUAAACUAGCAUGGCCUUGAGCCUCUCAGUCCAGUAAUGCUGUUCAAACACAGGGUUCCUAUUGAGAGUCCCCAAAGCACUGCCUGUAUUUGCACACCUGUUUCCUUAAGGCCUAAAGACAUGCUUCUUUCCUUUUCAAAUUAAAAAGACCUGCAGGUCUCAGGGUGUUGAAUUCUGGCCCAGGCCAUAUUCUGCACCUGUGUGAUUCAAUUAGGAUGCAGAUUUCAGGUACAUUGAGCCUUGGGUGAUGAUGCAGAACUUCACAGAAACCUGCAAAGCUGCCUCACUCCAGAUCAAACUAUUCAUCUCUCUAGCCCAGGAUUAUCUAUUGCCAUUGGUUCAUUAUCGCAAGCAGAGAAGUCUUCCCUGUUGCCUAGGGCAUUCUGCAUGCAAAACACCUAUUUGCCCUAAAACAAUGCCCACUCCCCAGUUCUUAGGUGAGAAUAGAGUUUUGGAGGAGAUCUCCAGUUCCAGUUUCCUGAAAAAUGCAGCUAUCUAACCAUUGAGAUUCCUGCAAACUUUUCUCUUAUUCAUAGAAUCAUAGAAAUAGAGCAAGUCAGAAGGGGCCUCCCGGGCCAUCUAGUCUGACCCCCAGCUCCAGCUGACUUCGCUCACAACA